AUGAAGCAUGGCAGCGAGUCGAAGAUAGGGGAGGAGCUCGACCGGUUCCUCUUGCCUACCGGGCCGUCCGCGCAGGUCACAGAGGCCAUCCAGUCCUUCCACGAUGGCAGAAGCUCGUGGAAGGAGUGCUGCGAUCAGCUGCGCACGGUGGAACGUUACGGUGUGCAUGGAGUUGACGGCGGUAGGCGUAUGUUCUGCGCGGUGACGUUGAAACAUCACGCCUACCAUGGUCUGCGCCGUCUGUGCCCGGCGGACAAAUCGCCGACCCGCGAUAUGCGCGACAGUGCUCUGGAUGACCUCGUUAAGCUGUGCUGGAUCUACGAGCGCCACGACAAGCUGAUUCUGCGGCAGCUGUUGUACGCCGUGUCUGGGCUGGUGAUAACGUUUUUCGACAUCGGUGCGAACGAGCGCGACUUCCUGUUGAACACGGCGUUGCUGAGGUUUGAUUCGAGGCCUCUGAUCCAGUUCGAGCUGUUGUCGGCGUUUGCAGAGGAGCUCUUCAACGAGAACAUCGGCGUGUCUUCGUUCACGCGUGCCGAUGUGGUGCGCAGCAGCGUGAUGAUCGCGCCCCGUAUAUUCGGGCGCCUGUUCGCCUUCAUGGGGGAUAAGGCCAACAUCGAGCAUGUGCCAUCUUUGCGCGCCCUGGCGCAUUGGAUGGGGCUACACGUCCGCUUGGUGCGGACGUUCGGAGGGACCCACGAGUACGUGCCAAAUGAGGCACACGGUGGGAUACACACGUUCGACAUGGACGCCAUGGGUGCUAAAAUACCACGAGACGAUGCGGUUUUGAUCCGCAACGGCCUGAACGCCUUCGGUGCUAUGGGUGGCGUUUUCUCGCUAUUCGAGAGGUUGCGUCACUCCAUCUUGGUGAAGCACGUGGAGAUGUCUUCGCUGGUCUGCGAGGCGCUGAUUCACUUCUACUCGUUGACGCAGUUCGACUUCAUGAACAUUUUGACCGCCACCAGUCAGAGGUACAACGACGUGUCCUCCCACACGAGCCGGAGCUGGACGACAAGUUCUAAACCGUACAUCGCCCAGCUUCCGUGCAUUGUGACCGACAGUUGCAACUGGGCAAUGGACUUCGUUUCGCAGCUGCAGGAGAUCCUGUGCCCGCUGAUGUCGCAAUGCCGCGACAACCCCGCCGACCCGCGUUUCCCCGUUGUGACGCAGAUACUGCGUAACGUCAUGGAGUUCCUGGUGGUGAUCGCCGCUGAGCACAUACCGUUCAUUUUGAUGUUCUCGGAGGGCGAGAUGCACAAGGCCUGCGCCGUGUGCUUCUUCGUGAAUGAGGCGGUGCGCUACCCCGACAUGCACUGCCGCGAGCUGUGCCUCGACUUUUACGUCAGCAUGAUAAGCAUCCUGUUUGCGACCAAGGACGCGAUGGCGGAGCCGCACCUGUCGACGUGCGUGCUGCGCAUCGUGCAGGCGAUGCGCCACAACUACACCGACUUCGUGCGGCAGCUGCUCAAGAGCGCCACCCUGGACUUCGAUAACCACGAGGAAGAGGCGUUCGACAACUACCGCCGCCUGAUCGCGGCGUUCAUCGACGAAGCCAUACACAUCAUCGGCGUGAACGUGCUGGUCAUGGUCAUCCAAUGCAAGGUGAAAGCGCUUGAGGAGGGCUUCGAUUGGGUCGAGGCUGAGAUGUGCUCCUUCCUGAUUCGCGCAGUGGCACACCGUCUGACUCCGGGCCUGGCCGAGGCCAUCAUCCUGAAGUACCUGUCUAUCGUGUGCGACGAGAAGCGGUUUAGAGAGCUGUAUGCGGAGAAGGGUGAUGAUAUCGCCUCGUACGUUCACCGCAGCAUCGCCUUAUGCAUCGUGCUGACCUCCGGUCUGAUCGUGCAGGACGCGGAGGUGCUGAAGGCGGCGCAGCAGCUGUGUAUGAAUAAUUUCGGCAGCGGCAAUGGCGUUUACCCUAGCUUCAGCGCCCGUGCCAUGCAUGCGCUCGCGUUGAGUGCCGACUACUCCACGUGCGACGUUUUUGAUCUGAUGCGCAACAUAUCGCAAAAAAUCGCGCAGGCAGACUCUCCCCUCCCAUCUCGCCUGGAGCUGUUGGGAGGCAUCGCCAACCUGUUGUCGACGUUCAACGACAGUGCGAAGGUGCGGCUUCGUCGUGACUUCGUCGCAGCCAUGUCGAUGCGGCUCAACGGGCUGAUCGACGCGGGUCAAACUGAAAACAUGGCGGACGAGAUUGCCCUUUACGUUUCCACUCUGUUCCUGGUGGACUUCAAGCCGUGGUUCACUACCGACGUGGGCGGCAACUUGUCCAAGGAGUGCAUGGACCUGAUGCGUCGCAACCACGAGUCCACAACCCUGCGCCGCAUCAAGCGCAUUAACGCCUUUUGGCCGCAGGUGGACCUGUGCCUGGAGUCGCUGCGUGUGGACCAGCGCUACCCCACGGACGACGUCGAGAACGUUACGCGCCUGUUGAUCUGGAUUCUGAAGGAGGCCCAUUUUGGCAGCCACAGCCACAUACUGGCGCUUUACGCGGCGUUGCACUCCACGCGCCUGUGCAAGCAGGAAAAGCUGUUGAACAAGUGCAUGGACGUGGCCGACCAGUACGUGUCACGGAUUUUGAAUGUGAUGAUCGACUGCGAUGACUUCGCCGACAGCAGUGCUCCCGCCGUGUCAGGUGUGGUGACUUCGGACAAUGAGGUGAUAAAGGCGGAGUACAGUGCUUCCAGCGAAUCGGUUGUUAAGCUGUUCCACCCCAACUCCGUGGAGGUCAACGGCGUCCACAGCCACGCUACAUCAACCGAUGGCACCCCAUCGCAAUCCUUACGCAUCGACGAGUUCACACGCAACGCAUACGGCCACGGUUCGUACACUGACGGGUUCCGCAGUGUCGGUCACAGAGCUGAGGACCGCGACGUUAGGAACGGAUUUAACGGGCCAUACACAGAAGGUUCCCGUGCCACUGGUAACCACACAAGUGGUAGCAGGCACGUCGACCUCCCAACUGGCGCCGCAUCGGACGGCAGUGCGGCGUCUCAUUUCCGCCAGUCUGCAACCGAGAUCCUGCGUAUCCUCAACACUGAACGGUUUCGCGCUGAGGGGGAUCUCAACAGCCUGGAUCUGUUCACGAACGCAAUUAGGUCAGGCGUGAGUAACCACGUGUCUGCUCUAAGGCUGCUAACGUGGCCUAAGUUUGGGCGGUACGUGGCGGUGGUGGCGCUGCUACUGCCGACGGAGAACCCUGCGCUCAACAGGUCGAUCGUGGAGCUGUUCGUGGCGCUGGUGCACUGGAUUCGUCGCACCAGGACGGAGCUGCCUGAUAAGGAGCGUCAGAAGCGUCGACUCAUUCGCAACGCUGCAAGGGCGAUACUGCUGGGCAAGCAUUUCGCGCAGAGCAACAUGACGAUGGCCGACGUGGUCGCAUCGUCGAUUUUCCAGUCGAUGAUGUCGCGGCCUUGCCAGGUGGAAGGCUGCAUUCCGCCGGCAACCCGCGUGAUUCACACCCUCAUCGGCUCCAAGUCGUUCUACCCUAUGGUAGCCGCUUCCGUCAAGAGUUGCAUGAAGGUUGGUUUUGCUACGGUUUAA